AUGCUGUUGCUGUCAGCUGUUCUACUGUUACUAGUCCUGCUCAGUCAUGGUCAAGAUACCCCGACCGAAAAACCUGGAGUUCUACUUCCCCUUCCUAAGGGGGUCUGCACUGGUUGGAUGGCAGGCAUCCCAGGGCAUCCUGGCCACAAUGGAGUCCCAGGACGUGAUGGCAGAGAUGGUACUCCUGGUGAGAAGGGUGAAAAAGGAGAUGCGGGUCUUGCUGGUCCUAAGGGUGACUCUGGUGAAACUGGAGUGACUGGGGUUGAAGGUCCCCGAGGCUUUCCAGGAGUCCAAGGCAGGAAAGGAGAACCUGGAGAAAGUGCCCAUGUGUACCGCUCAGCGUUCAGUGUGGGACUGGAGACACGGGUCACUGUUCCCAAUGUUCCCAUUCGCUUUACCAAAAUCUUCUACAAUCAGCAAAACCACUAUGAUGACACCACUGGCAAAUUCCACUGCAACAUUCCUGGGCUCUACUACUUCUCCUACCACAUUACAGUCUACCUGAAAGAUGUGAAGGUCAGCCUCUACAAGAAGGACAAGGCUGUGCUCUUUACCUAUGACCAAUACCAGGACAAGGACUUGGACCAAGCCUCUGGCUCUGUGCUCCUCCAUCUGGAUGUGGGUGACCAUGUCUGGCUCCAGGUGUAUGGGGAAGGGGAGAAUAAUGGGAUCUAUGCAGACAAUGACAAUGACUCCACCUUCACAGGUUUCCUUCUUUACCAUGACACCAAUUAA